GCGCAUUGCCUCAUAGAUAACGAGACACGUCUCUUCCUCUUUCUCUCUACAUUGCGUCCAUCAUACAACGCAAUAGACAUCAGCACUGAAACUUCCAUCGACGUCCGACGCCUUGAAUAACAGCUGUCCACACCACCAAAACAUGGUCCGCAACGCCGCCUCAAUGCAAUCACUACGAAGCAGCUAUCUCCCAGACCGGACCGUCGAGAGACCUCAAUCGAGCUCGCGCCCAAACGCCUCCUCAGCGUCCAGCGCCGUCCCCGCAAGAUCCUCGCCCUCGAUAGCAAAUCUGCUUCAAGAGGAUGACAAUACCAUAUCUGCAAAGCUGGCGGCUGCGGAAGCUCAAGUCUGGUCUCUCAAGGAAAUGAUCAAGCUGAAAGCGGCGGCGCAGAAGCAGCUGCAGCGACAGGAGCAGCGCUCAAAGGUGCGCAGAUAUCACGGGUCAGACCGCCAGACUGAGCAGGAGGCACUGCAAGAACGCUAUAACUCUCUGCGAGAUUUCGAUAUAGAGAGCUUUCUACGAUCUCAAGAGCCCAUGAAAGAGAAGAAGAACGCAGCAUCUUACACAAAACCCUUUUGCGAUUUCUUAACCGAAAACCCAACAGUCUUUCACGCCGUCGACGCAUUGAAACAAGACUUAAAAAACGCCGGUUUCACACAACUUUCCGAACGCGAUGCCUGGAAAAUCGAACCUAGUGGGAAAUACUUCGUUGAGCGGAACGGCUCUUCUAUGAUCGCUUUCUCUGUUGGAGCGAAGUAUGAGCCUGGCAAUGGAGCUGCAGUUUUGGCUGGUCAUGUUGAUGCUUUGACUGCGAAGUUGAAGCCUAUCAGCAAUGUUCCGAAUAAGGCGGGUUAUUUGCAGCUCGGGGUUGCGCCUUAUGCUGGGGGGUUGGGGAAGACGUGGUGGGAUCGUGAUUUGGGGAUUGGUGGGAGAGUACAUGUGAGGGAAGGGGAUAAGAUUGUUACGAAGCUUGCUAAGUUGGAUUGGCCUAUUGCGAAACUCCCGACUUUAGCUGAACACUUCGGCCAACCUUCGCAAGGGCCUUUCAACAAGGAGACUCAGAUGGUGCCGAUUAUUGGGCUGGAAUCCGCGAGCGAGCGCAUGGCUGCGAUGAAAUUGCCAUCCCCGGCCCCAUUUUCUCAACCACCACUCCUGGUUUCUAAUCAGUCUCUGAAUACCUUCGUCAGCACUCAGCCACUAGCUCUCGUCAAGGCUAUUGGUGCCUCACUCGGCCUGGGGAGUAAUGAACUCCACAAUAUCGUCAAUUGGGAACUCGAACUCUUCGAUACCCAACCCGCCACCGUCAUCGGUCUCCACAAAGAACUGAUCUCCGCCGGCCGCAUAGAUGACAAACUCUGCUCCUGGUCCGCUCUCCAAGCUCUCAUCGAAAGCUCCAGCUACGGUACCGAGGAUAGCUCCCUCAUCAAAGUCGUCGGCCUCUUCGACGAUGAAGAAAUCGGCUCUCUUCUCCGUCAAGGUGCACGCGGUAACUUCCUCCCUAUCACACUCGAACGCGCUGUAGGCGCUCUAGCUGGUCACACGCCAGGUUCAGAUCUCAUGGGACGCACAUACGCCAACUCCUUCAUGGUCUCAUCAGACGUUACACACGCCGUGAACCCGAAUUUCACCGAAGUCUACCUCGCGAACCACGCACCACAUCUCAAUGUUGGAGUCGCCAUUGCGGCGGACUCAAACGGGCAUAUGACGACCGACUCGGUCUCGACAACCAUCCUAAAGCGUUGUGCGGAUAGAGUUGGAGCGCAAUUGCAGGUCUUCCAGAUCAGGAAUGAUAGUCGGUCUGGAGGGACUGUGGGGCCAAUGUUGUCUUCUGCUAUGGGGAUGAGAGCGAUUGAUGCUGGCUUGGCGCAGUUGAGUAUGCAUUCUAUUCGGGCUACGACUGGAGCGUUGGAUCCUGGGUUGGGAGUGCAGUUGUUUAAGGGCUUUUUGGAUGAGUUUGAGGAGGUUGAUAGGGAGGUUAGGGAUGAAUAGAGAGGGUCUUGUGGCGGGAUUUGUGGUCAUGGAGAUGAAUGUAUGAGUACUGAAUCUACGAUUUGUAGAAGUGAAUAUGACAACGUCCUGAUCCGUUCCGCUCAACCUAUACACAGUUUUCGUGGCGCCUGGUCAUUCUCGAUUUUCGCGAGCUACGCGCGUAUCGGCCUGACUCUUGCCUAGUCCUACCCUGAGGUGGAUGAUGAGCUUCACCUUCGGCGUGUGGGCUGGUAGAUCGUGGCCAGAUCAAGGUGGUGCGACGGAGAGGUCGUUGCAAGAACCGAUGAGUCGUCGUUACUUUUUCUUUUUGCUGCAAAGAUCGCACACGUACGCAUGCUUCUUCUUGAAUUUACGCAAAACCCUGCUCCAUGGUUCCCUUCACAUCUUCAUAUCGAUAUAGGCCGGA